AUGGCUGCCACUACCGUCCCAACAUGGCUUCACAAGCUAGAGGAACAAGUCAACGUUGACGCCGACGCAAUGGACCCAGACUUCAUCAAGAGUCUGCCCAUCGUCCCUCAUGACAUGACAAGCAACCAGAUCCACGUCCACGGACGAAUGAGCGACCCCAGUAACAGGCAACUCCUUCUUGACGUUGCCCAAGAAUACAAAGACCGCGACUGGUUGGCUGUCUAUACUCGUGCUGCCGUACUCCUCUGCAAGAAAAAUAUCGACCUAAUUCAAGGCCGUGUUCUCCUGCAAGCAUCGCCUUCGCAGGCCUAUAAUGCCCAGAAAGUCCUUGAGCACGCUCGACUCUACGCCAAGGAAUUCGAGUCCGUGGGUAUCUCAAAGGAUCGCUUCUGCAUUAAGAUCCCCAGCACCGGGCCAGCGCUCAGUGUCUGUCCUAUCUUGGAAGCAGAGGGCAUUCGAACUCUAGGCACGGCUGUUUUCUCGCUAGCGCAGGCUAUUGCGGCUAGUCAGGCGGGAUGUUUGUUUAUUAGCCCUUAUUUUAAUGAGAUCCGAGCGAACCUCGACCUUAGUCUCUGGCCAAACGUCGAGGACCCAGCAACCCAGCACACCAUGUCCGCAAGACUGCUCCAAAUGCUCGAGACCUACCGCCGCCUAUACAAGGAAACAGGCAAGCCGCAGCCUCUAAUCAAGAACGCCAACUUCAUAAGCCCCAAAGAAGCCCUCGCACAAGGCGAAAUCGGCGUGGACUCUGCAACCGUUUCACAAGAGGUGCUCGCCGAACUAGCGAAACUCCCUUACGACGGGUCCUCCCAGGCACCUGGUGUCAUAGACGUCCCGAAACCGGCAUACCCCGAGCACCAGAACUCGGUGUCAGCGACCCCGAAGCGUCUUCGGCAUCUGGCCGGUGCUGAUCCGCUUGCCGCGGCUGAUUGGGAUGGGAAGCUUGCGAGCACGGAUAUUGAUUACCUGGCGAGUGAUGGGGCGAAUCUGGAGAGUGCGAUUUCGGCUGAUCCGAUUGCGAGUGCGAGGAUGAGGGAUGCGCUUGGUUUGUUUGUUAAGAUUGAGGGGGAGAGUAAGGAGCUUAUUGAGGGGGUGUUGAAGGAGGUUUCUUAG